AUGUGGAUGCUAACCAGAUCCGAAAAGGUAUCCAAUCAGUUUCGGGCCAUUUAUCGAUCCAUUACUGUAGUUCUUGAUGUGCUGCCGUUAGAUUCAAUUCAUGUCUCAGUUGAAUUGAAAGAACUAAUGGGUUUAGUAAAGAAUCAAGCCUUGAGUUCAAAACUUGGGUUUCGACCCGAAGAUCAAAGAGUCUUGGAGCAUUUGACAUCCAUUUUGGACCAGUUGGAGCAUGAAAUGGUUCCGGAUCGUAACAAUCUGAAACGGGUUCUUGAUUAUUUGGGUAUUUCGAGCUGGACUGAAUGCAACAAAGAAAUCAAGUUCUUGGAUUCGGAAAUUGGGUCGGAAAGAUCCACCACCAAGAAAUCGGAUCUUGGUAUCCUCAGUAGUUUGAUGGGGCUCAUGAUUUACAGCCGUUGCACGGUUUUCACCACCAUCGACAUAGAGAGAUUCACUAUUUCCGGCGAAACUCACGAAAGCACUUCCAGUCAUUUGAAUAAAUCAUUGAACGUUGAUGAUUUCCGAUGUCCUAUUUCUCUAGAGAUCAUGUCAGAUCCGGUGACUUUAACAACCGGGCACACAUACGAUCGAUCAUCCAUUGAGAAAUGGUUCCGGUCAGGCAAUUUAACCUGCCCAAAAACCGGCGAGAAGGUAAAUAGUAGCAAUUUGGUUUCAAAUUUGUGUAUAAGAAGUAUCAUCAAGCAAUAUUGUCACGAAAACGGGAUUCCGGUGACCGAGUCUGUUGAUGGCAACCGCAAUCGGGACACUACUAAUACAGACACCGGUGGCAGUGUGGCGGCAGAGGCGGCCAUAAAGAUGGCAGUUGAAUAUUUGAUCGAUCGCUUAGUGUUUGGCACCAAUGAGGUUAAACACAAAGCUACUUACGAGAUCCGAAUGCUUAGUAAAACAAGCGUUUUUAAUCGGGCUUGUUUGGUUGAAUCCGGUGUGGUUCCGAGUUUAUUGGAUUUGCUCUGUGUUAAGAACCCUAAGAUUCAAGAAAACGCGAUUGCAGCAUUAUUGAAUCUCUCAAAGUACUCAAAAACAAAGAAAGUACUUGUCGAAAACGGAGGGUUAGAACUAAUUCUCGAGGUGGCACAAAAUGGGUUAAGAAUGGAAGCCCGACAACACGCCGCAGGUACUUUGUUUUAUCUUGCUUCUGUAGACGAGUAUCGGGACAUCAUCGGGAAAAUCCCGAGAUCGAUCCCGGUUCUAAUGGAACUAGUCCUAGAAGGGACGAAUCGAUGCAAAAAGAACGCACUUGUGGCGAUUUUCGGGCUACUGAUGUACCCCGAAAAUCAUUGGAAAGCACUAGCAGCGGGAAUAGUCCCGCUGCUAGUUGAUCUAUUAAGAUCUCCGUGUCAACACGAAGAUCUGAUAAUAGAUUCUCUUGCAAUUUUAGCCACUUUGGCUGAAAAAUCCGAUGGGACAAUGGCGAUUUUGAGUUGUGGAGCUCUUCAUGUUAUCCUUGAUGUUGUAGCUUCUACAUCAUCAAGGGCAGCAAGACAGCAUUGUGUUACAUUGUUGCUUGCAAUGUGCACAAAUGGUGGGGGAGACGUGGUUCGCGUUUUAGUAUCGAACUCGACUCUAAUGGGACCUUUAUAUUCCCUCCUCACCGGUGGUUCUCGUGCUAGUAAGAAAGCAAGUUCGUUGAUCAGAAUUUUACAUGACUUCAAUGAAAAGAAUGCUUCUUCAGGCACUAGACAUCCUAUUCGCUUCCAAGAACAGUUUAUAAAUGUUUGGUAG